GAUUUGAAGUUUGCCCCAACACCUAGAAAAAUACCCACUAUGGAUAUGAUAGCUGAAAUUGAAAAUGCUAUUUGGAAUUUGGAUGAUCUAAGCAAAGCGGAAAUAAGAAUGGAAACGACCAACAGUCUAAAAAGAGCGAGGCUUCCGAAGGAUAAUAUGUCUAAGGUAGAACGACAAACUUUAAAGGGUUUGCAAGCAGAUGAGAGUAUUAUCAUUCUGAAGGCUGAUAAAGGCAAUAGAACUGUAGUAAUGGACCGGACGGAGUAUGACGAGAAGAUAUUGAACAUGCUAAAUGACCAACAGACGUACAAGAAGCUCAAGAAAGACCCAAGGAAUGUAGGUGAAAAAGAGAUGAAAAAGCUUCUCUCAUCAAAAGCGGAGAGAAUGGAUGAUAAAUUACUUAAGAAGUUGAAGACAACUGACGGCCCAACACCGAGGAUAUACAGGUUGCCUAAGAUCCAUAAGAAUAAUAACCCUUUGAGACCGAUAGUCAGUUUUUCCGGAUCCACGACAUACCAAUUAUCUAAGUAUUUAUCGCUGAUUCUUUCACCCUUGGUUG